AACCACGUGACACUCUGCUCCUUUAACACCGCUGCCACGCCCAUCCCAUACCCAGAACCGGUUCUGUUCUUAGUCCCGACGGUCCGCUGUCAACUUUCCUCCUGAAACCUCCGAGUCUGGACCCGUGAGAGCGGACACUGAGCUUCUGUCUGCCCGCUGAGAGCUUCACCAUCUUCAUGUCCAGGAGAGGAGGAAACCACGCCCCAGAGAUGGAGAUGCAGGUGGACUCGUCCAUCAUCCGGAUCCCGCCUCAUCACUACAUCCACGUCCUGGACCAGAACACCAAUAUCGCCCGUGUGGAGAUCGGACCGCUCACCUACAUCCGCCAGGACAAUGAGAGAGUUCUGUUCCCUCCGGUCCGUAUGAUCAUGGUCCCGCCUCGUCACUACUGCGUAGUGUCCAACCCUGUUGCCCGGGACGAUGACAAUGAGGCCCUCUUCGACCAAUCCGGUCAGGCCAAGCUGCGUCAUGCCGACCUGGAGAUCCGUUUGACCCAGGACCCAUUCCCUCUUUACCCCGGGGAGGAGAUCCAGAAGGAUGUGACUCCGCUGCAGAUCGUCUAUCCAGACACGGCGCUUCGUCUCCAGGCUCUGCUGGACUUUGAGGAUGAGGGGCGAGUGAAGAGGGUGGCUGGAGACGAGUGGCUGUUUGAAGGACCAGGAACCUACAUCCCCAGGAAGGAGGUGGUGGUCCUGGAGACCAUUAAGGCCACAGUGAUCAGGGAGAACCAGGCCAUACGCCUGAGAGCUCGAAAGGAAGGCAAGGACCGCGGUGGGAUCCAGAGAGUCACAGGUGAGGAGUGGCUGGUCAGUAAGGUGGGGGCGUACCUGCCAGGUGCUCAUGAAGAGGUCAUCGACAUCGUCAAUGCCUUCAUCCUGACUGAUAAGAAAGCGCUGCAUGUUCGCGCUCUGCGACCCUUCAAGGACGCCGGCGGGCGAGACCGCCGUACGGGCGAGGAGUGGCUGGUCACCAUGGCCGACAGGGAGGCGCACAUCCCUUCUGUGGCUGAGCAGGUGGUGGGAGUGGUGGACGUGACCACCCUGAGCAGCAGGCAGUACUGCGUGAUCCUGGACCCAGUCGGACCCGACGGGAAGCCUCAGCUGGGCCAGAAGAAGGUGGUAAAGGGGGAGCGCUCGUUUUUCCUGCAGCCUGGAGAGCAGCUAGAAAACGGCAUCCAGAAUGUGUACGUGCUGUCGGAGGAGGAAGGUCUGGUUCUGCGGGCCGUGGAGGCGUUCAACGAUGCAGAGUAUGAGGAAGCAGUAGACGAUGAAGAGCAAGAGGAGCUGGCGCAAGACAGUGCCAAGCGCUCCCGGCGUAGCGGCAUUCUCCGUCGCCCCGGAGACCGCUGGAUGCUGCGUGGCCCCAUUGAGUAUGUGCCCCCUGCCAGCGUGGAGGUGGUCCUGACGCAGCACGCCAUCCCGCUGGACGAAAACGAGGGAAUCUACGUCCGAGACAUAAAAACUGGAAAGGUGCGGGCAGUGAUCGGACACACCUACAUGCUGAACCAGGACGAGGAGCUGUGGGAGAAGGAGCUCCCUUCAAACGUCGAGGGCCUGCUGGCUUCUGGGAUCGACCCGUUGGCCGACCGCUCAACCCGCCACACCAACGUAGAUGGAUGCCCGAGGGACAAGACGCGUGUGGUGACCUUCAGGGUCCCUCACAACGCUGCCGUGCAGGUCUACGACUACAGGGAGAAGAAGGCCAGGGUGGUGUUUGGACCUGAGUUGGUGAUGCUUGGACCAGACGAGCAGUUCACCAUGCUGUCACUUUCUGGGGACAAACCUAAGAGGGCCAACAUCAUCAGGGCCAUCUGCCUGCUGCUUGGACCAGACUUCUUCACCGACGUCAUCACAAUUGAGACGGCUGACCACGCCCGGCUGCAGAUACAGCUCUCCUACAACUGGCACUUUGACGUGAAGAACCCAGCCGACCCAGCCGAUGCUGCGGCCCUUUUCUCUGUCCCGGAUUUUGUUGGAGACGCCUGUAAAGCCAUCGCCUCCCGGAUCAGAGGAGCCGUCGCGUCGGUGCAGUUUGACGACUUCCACAAGAACUCAAUCCGGAUCAUCUGCUCGGCUGUGUUCGGCUUCGACGAGAAGCUCGCGGUCCGGACCAGCCUCCACUUCAAGCAGAACAACCUGGUGAUCAGCAGCGUGGACAUCCAGUCCGUGGAGCCCGUGGACCAGAGGACCCGGGACGCCCUGCAGAAGAGCGUCCAGCUGGCCAUCGAGAUCACCACCAACUCCCAGGAGGCGGCGGCCCGACACGAGGCGGAGCGUCUGGAGCAGGAGGCCAGAGGAAAGCUGGAGAGGCAGAAGAUCACGGAUCAGGCAGAGGCUGAGAGGGCCAGAAAGGAGCUGCUGGAGCUGGAGGCGCUCAGUGCUUCUGUGGAGAGUACUGGAGCUGCCAAGGCGGAGGCCCAGUCUCAAGCCGAGGCGGCCCGAAUUCGGGGCGAGGCCGCCGUCAACGAGGCCAAACUGAAGGCCGAGGCUCAGAGGAUCGAGGCGGAGGCGGAGCUCCAGCGGCUGGCCAAGGCUCGGGAGCAGGAGCUCAGCUAUAAGAAGGACAUGGACCGUCUGGAGGUGGAGAAGCAGGAGCAACUGGCUCAGCUUGAGAGUCAGCGCUUCAAACAAAUGAUGGAGAGUUUGGGCUGCGACACGCUGAAAGAGAUCGCCAGAGCUGGACCUGAACUGCAGGUGAAGAUGUUGCAGUCUCUAGGAUUGAAGUCCACCCUCAUCACUGACGGCUCAUCACCCAUCAACCUGUUCACUACCGCUAACGGCCUGCUGGGGGCGCUGCCAGGACAGGGAGCGGCCCAAUAAGGUGAGGUGAUGGGACCAGGACCUGAGAGCCUUCUUUGGAUGAAGUCCUUUUAUGACCUUCAUGUUUUUCUGUAGAGAAGAGACAUGUCAGUGGUUCUGCUACAGAUGAACUGUUCCUCCAGCUCAUGUUACUGUUUAAUCUGUCUUCUGAAUGUUGGUUCUGCUGCCCGUCACCAGAAUAAACUGUUCUGAUGAUGUUCUGCCUUAAAAACGGUUGUCACUGCUUUCACACCCUGAAGGAAUAUUAAACUGACCCUAAAUGCA